AUGCAGCAAUGUGACAACACCAUGAUGCGCAUCAGCCAGACUGCCAGCGAGCCGCUAUAUAUAGAGCCGCUGGCUGGGAGACCGGCUGAAGCGGCAGCAGCUGGGUGCCUCUGCAACAAGAGGAGACAGCGCAGGGUCGCAGCGCCAGGAGAGCUCUUGGAAGGAGCCAUGGAACAUCGUCGCGCUGCUGGCGUCCGAAAGGCAGAGGCACGGCUGAACACCCGGGGAGAGAGGGGAGAGAUCCCUGUGCCACGCGGCUCCAGGCCUCUCUUCAGCAGGGGAAAGCUGGGGGAAAAGCUUCACCGGCCCUCCUGUACUUUUAACCUGGGAGAUCCAUACUGUCGCCUCUUGAGCACGGAGUACAACUGCCUGCACGACCCACAUCUGGAGGCGUACCACAGGCGCAGUCAUAACUUUAGGAGCCUGAAGAGGGCCGGUUAUGUCACCAGCGAUGGCAAAGUGAUUUGCAAUCUCAAAGAGUUCAAUGAGUACAGGCAAUAUCUGAGCACUCUCAAGCUGGAGGCAAAGAAAAUGUCCAGGCAAGCAGAGGGAAGGCUUCAGCAGCACCUGCCCGAAUUAAAGGAUGCCCCCAAGGUGCCGGGAGCUGUGGACACUUCUCGCCUGGCAGAGCGGCUGCUGCAGCCUCGAAAAACAUCUUGCCCACCUCAACCCAGGAGCAGAAAAGUCUCCCUGAGAUCACGGCGCCAAACGUGCUCCCAACCUGAGCAGGGAGAGGAAGGUGCCAAGCCGCCCCGGAGGCUCAGUAGUGACGCUGACUCCGAGAGGAUUCCGCCAGGCAUCCUUGCAAAUGGUGUGUUCGAAGCUGCAUUUGAACAGCAAACUGCAGGAGGAGCCCAGAAGCUUGAAGAGCUGUCUGAGACUGCAGUGCAGCAAGUGUUGGAGACGGUGAAUCUCCCUAAGAGAGAGCCACAGCCAUCCCAGACGCCUUUCUCAAGGCUGCACCUGGAAGAAGGAGAAGGAUUCCCCGGAGCAUCUGAACAGCAGAGCCUGGAAGCCAGCAAGGGAGCAAAGUUGCCUGUGUUACCACCGCUGCCAAAUGCAGCCGCUGCUGAAGUCUCGCAACUCUGCCACACGAUUGUCAGGGAAAGCAUCCAACGUGCCAUCUCGAGAGUUCAGCAGCGCCAUGCAGAGCGGACUGGCUAUGGUAGAACCGUUGUCCCUGAGGUGCUUGGAACGGGGAAAAAGAAAUUAGAAAUGAAGCCAAUGCCAACAGCCUUAGCCACAUCUUUGGCUCCAAGGACCAUACCUGAUGACAGCGUUGACACUGUAUUAGUGUGGACGUGUGCACCUGGGCCUGCACUGACACUGAAAUUGAAUUUUGGAAGGCCUGUCGCAACCCCCUGGCUCCAACGAGAUGGAAAGGAGAGCUAUCCCGCUGAGGACGCCCUUCCCUCCUUGGGCCCACCCUUUCCCAGGCAGCCCGUCCCUCUGGCGGCUCUGAAGCCCCCUGUCCAGACAGGAGCACGGCACAGAUUGGUGAACAUUGAGCUCGUCCAAGGCAAGCCCCAGCAGCCCAUGUACAAACAAGGGCGUUAG